AUGGAAGGUGAAAACGAGACUGCAUUCUUUCAGACUAUGUCAAAUCAAAUUAGUCGAUUGACUAAUUCCAUUUCCACCAACGGUGUCGCUACAAUCAUCGAACCCUUCGAUGGCGACCCUAAGAAAUUCAGAGAAUGGACCCGCUCUAUUGAAAAGUACUCAAUAUUGGCUUCAAUUACGGGCGACCGAAUGAAACUAAUUGCAUACCAGACGAGUAAGGGUGUCGUUUCAAAUUUCAUAAGGCGUUACCUAGACGCUAAUGGAGAGGCAACGUGGGGGGAGCUUAAGAAUGAAUUGUCGGCACGCUUCGCUAAGGUGACAGACCUACAAUAUGCGUUAGCUCUUCUUCGAAAAUGUAAGCAAAACACGGGUGAAAAUGUACAAUGUUUUGGGGUAAGACUAUUGGUUUUGGCUAGCGAGGCAUACUCAGUGUCAAGUCUGGAAGUCGAAAGGCAACUUGUAGGUUUCUUUAUUGACGGGUUAAAAGAAAAUUACCUUAAAAUGAAAAUAAUACGGGAAAACCCUACCACAUUACAAGAUGCGGUAACUAGGGCGAUGACUGAACAAAAUUUACGAAAAAGAUUUGCCUUAAGAAGAAAUUCGGAAUAUAGUCGGUCUUCCCAAAAUUUUGACCAAAUAGAAGACAUGGAAGUCGAUCAUGUAAGACCCAAGAAAUGUACGAUAUGCUAUCGGCAUGGUCAUAGCUCAAGAGAGUGUCGUAAUCGGCGACCAAUGAGACAUAGGGAAAUAAACAGUGCUGAAGCCCAUCGUCCACAAUCACGACCUCCUUUUAAAUGUUGGCGAUGUGGUAAACUUGGGCACAGACAGGCCGAUUGUAAAGUUCGGCUUUCCUCGGAAAACUAA